GCUUGCAUAAAAGAAGAGACCGACCUGGUGUUUAGACACAUAUUUAUUUUCCUGAAUAUUUCUUUGGUGAUGCAAGUUGCAUAAUAAGUAAAUAUUGGCUAGAUGGAACCCUGGAAAUUUUUAUUGCUCUCGUUUUCGAUAAUAUUUUCCGUUCAAGGACAAUAUGUCAAAACUCCGUAUGAAACAAAUAACCCAAACGGAGCCGUGGAUACGUUUGAUUUCAUAAUUGUUGGAGGUGGACCGACAGGGAUUAUACUAGCGACAAGACUGGCAGAACAUAAGAGCAAUUUUUCUGUCUUGCUCUUGGAAGCUGGUCCCGAUCCAAGUAUUAACACGACAAUUCCUCUGUAUGAGAGUCUUCCGUUGGGACAUUCAGAGACUGAUUGGCAAUUUACAACCGUUCCUCAGAAGAAUUCAACGUUCGGAACGCAGGACAGGAAAAUUCGAAUCGGUCAAGGUAAAGAACUCGGAGGUUCGACCGCACACAAUGGGAUGAUCUGGAUUCGAGGAAAUUAUCGAGAUUAUGACAAAUGGGCUGAAUUAACGGGAGACGAUAGUUGGAGUUACGAUUCGCUGUUACCCUAUUUUAAGAAAAUUGAACAUUAUCGGGGAACUCUGCAACCUUCUGACGAACGUGGAUUAACGGGACCACUCGAAAUUACUGAGCAGACCUCGUACUCUCCACUCUGGAAGGAAUGGGUCGAAACGGGAAAAUCUUUAAAGUUUAACCUUACCGAUCCCAACACCAGAAAUCAGCAGUCCGGAUUUUACCAUACACAAGUCAAUAUUGGAAGCGUGAGGGCUGAGAGAAGUUCGAUUUAUGAAAAGUAUCUGUUGCCAAAUUUGUGGAGACCGAAUCUAAUUGUACUCCGGCACGCCUACGUCUUGAAGGUAAAUUUCGAGCCAAACCCGCACGGAACAAUUACCGCAACGUCCGUCACGUUUCUCCGACACUGGGAAAAAAUCACUGUAAACGCUACCAAAGAAAUCAUUAUCUCCGCCGGCAGUUUCAAGUCCCCUCAACUCCUCCAACUCUCCGGGAUCGGUGACGCCAAACAUUUAAUCAGUGUCGGUGUCAAGCCUGUCCUUGACCUGCCUGGCGUCGGUGCCGAGUUAUGGGACCACCCAACCGUGAUAGUUGGGCCCUUCAUCGUAAACACGUCUCCAAGCAACAUAACCUACCUACCAGAUCGUGACCUAACGCCGGAAGCAGUCGCCGAGUACGCCGCCAAAGGGAAAGGUCCCCUCAGUUCGUGCCUUUGGUCUGGCUACGGUCUAUGGAGUACCACAGGGAACCAUAGUUAUCCGAACAUUAUCUACGAACAAUGGGCCCAAGGCGGCAAUGGUGUCAGCACGCUGCGAGGGGACUUAUUAGCAGCCCCAAUAAUCGAUAAGGAAGUUAAAGACGUUGACUCCGUCAGCGCGGUGGUCAGUCUAGGAGUACCGCAUAGUUACGGCAGCGUCAAAAUUGCAAGUGCAGAUCCCUUCGAACAGCCCGACAUUGAUUUCAACUUUUUUACGGAUCCGGACGGCAAAGACUUUGAGGAUUUAGUCAUCGCGACGAAAUUUAUUGUAAAUUUUUAUGAAGGGUCCAAAUCCUAUGGGAGAUAUGGAAUGAAGCUUUUCGGAAAGAAUUUUCCUGGCUGUACUCACUACGAGUUUAAGAGCGAUGAUUAUUACAAGUGCUAUGUAAAAAUGGUAUCAUCGAAUGGAAUUCACCCCUCAGGAACUUGUAAAAUGGGAAAGAAGGAGGACCCUAAGGCCGUUCUGGACUCGCAGCUAAGGGUGCUUGGCGUAUCAAAGUUAAGAGUAGCGGAUGCCUCCGUGAUGCCACGCAUAAUCAACACGAAUAUUCAAAUUGCCUGUAUGACUAUUGGGGAGAAGGUUUCAGACAUGAUUAUCAGCGAUUGGACAAAAUAGAAUUUUUUUUUGCUUGAGUUGUAACAUGUAUUUUGGAGGGUAAAUAUCGGCAAAAUAAAAGAACACGGCUAGAAUUGUACAUUUUGCAAACAA